AAAAAACAAAAAAAAAAAAACCUCCAGUCCCCAGAACUUCAUAAUUUGCUUCUCGGCUGCUCUUGAAGGACAGUGACUUACUACCACAACAGCAGAGCCUGCCAUCCCCAGCAGAUCGACAGUACCUAUGACAUCAUCACCUCCUUUUUCUCAUCCUGUGAUCUCCUAAAUGCUCAUCUUGUUGGCCUGGGUUCAGUUGGUGGUAUGGAGGGGUGCUGCCUAGCACAGACCUGAGAGUGUGUGUGAGACCCACUGACCCAAUGGACAUCAAAGGCCAGUUCUGGAAUGAUGAUGAUUCAGAAGGAGAUAAUGAAUCAGAGGAGUUCCUAUAUGGAGUUCAGGGGAGCUGUGCUGCUGACCUGUAUAGACACCCACAGCUUGAUGCAGACAUUGAAGCAGUGAAGGAGAUCUACAGUGAGAACUCUGUGUCUAUCAGAGAAUAUGGAACUAUCGAUGAUGUGGACAUUGACCUCCAUAUUAACAUCAGCUUCCUCGAUGAGGAAGUAUCUACAGCUUGGAAGGUCCUUCGAACGGAACCUAUUGUGUUGAGGCUACGGUUUUCUCUCUCCCAGUACCUUGAUGGACCAGAACCAUCAAUUGAGGUUUUCCAGCCAUCGAAUAAAGAAGGGUUUGGGCUAGGUCUUCAGUUAAAAAAGAUCCUGGGUAUGUUUACAUCCCAACAAUGGAAACAUCUGAGCAAUGAUUUCCUGAAGACCCAGCAGGAGAAGAGGCACAGUUGGUUCAAAGCAAGUGGUACCAUCAAGAAGUUCCGAGCUGGCCUCAGCAUCUUCUCACCCAUUCCCAAAUCUCCCAGUUUUCCUAUCAUACAGGACUCCAUGCUAAAAGGCAAACUGGGUGUACCAGAGCUUCGAGUUGGGCGCCUUAUGAACCGUUCCAUUUCUUGUACCAUGAAGAACCCCAAAGUAGAGGUGUUUGGCUAUCCCCCGAGCCCCCAGGCAGGUCUCCUGUGCCCCCAGCACGUGGGCCUCCCUCCCCCAGCACGGACUUCUCCUUUGGUCAGUGGUCACUGCAAGAACAUCCCCACUCUGGAGUAUGGAUUCCUUGUGCAGAUCAUGAAGUAUGCAGAGCAGAGGAUUCCAACAUUGAAUGAGUACUGUGUGGUGUGUGAUGAGCAGCAUGUCUUCCAGAAUGGGUCCAUGCUUAAGCCAGCUGUCUGUACUCGUGAACUAUGCGUCUUCUCCUUCUACACACUGGGAGUCAUGUCUGGAGCUGCAGAGGAGGUGGCUACUGGAGCAGAGGUGGUAGAUCUGCUGGUGGCCAUGUGUAGAGCAGCUUUGGAGUCCCCUAGAAAGAGCAUCAUCUUCGAGCCUUAUCCCUCUGUGGUGGACCCCACUGAUCCUAAGACUCUGGCCUUUAACCCUAAGAAAAAGAAUUAUGAGCGGCUUCAGAAAGCUCUGGAUAGUGUGAUGUCCAUCCGGGAAAUGACCCAGGGCUCAUAUUUGGAAAUCAAGAAACAGAUGGACAAGCUGGAUCCCUUGGCCCAUCCUCUUCUGCAGUGGAUAAUUUCUAGCAACAGGUCACACAUUGUCAAACUACCUCUCAGCAGGCAGCUGAAGUUCAUGCACACCUCACACCAAUUCCUCCUGCUGAGCAGCCCUCCUGCCAAGGAGGCUCGGUUCCGGACCGCCAAGAAGCUGUACGGAAGCACCUUUGCCUUCCAUGGGUCCCACAUUGAGAACUGGCAUUCCAUCCUGCGCAAUGGGCUGGUCAAUGCGUCCUACACCAAACUGCAGCUGCAUGGAGCAGCCUAUGGCAAAGGCAUCUACCUGAGCCCCAUCUCCAGUAUUUCCUUUGGAUACUCAGGAAUGGGCAAAGGACAGCACAGAAUGCCUUCCAAGGAUGAGCUGGUCCAGAGAUAUAACAGGAUGAACACCAUCCCCCAGACCCGAUCCAUUCAGUCAAGGUUCCUGCAGAGUCGGAAUCUAAACUGUAUAGCACUUUGUGAAGUGAUUACAUCUAAGGACCUUCAGAAGCAUGGAAACAUUUGGGUGUGCCCUGUGUCCGACCAUGUCUGCACAAGGUUCUUCUUUGUAUAUGAGGAUGGGCAGGUGGGCGAUGCCAACAUUAAUACUCAGGACCCCAAGAUACAGAAGGAAAUCAUGCGUGUGAUCGGAACUCAGGUUUACACAAACUGAGGGGGCCCAGCCCUCGUACCACUCUGUUCCCCCAGGAUCCAUCUGCCCUUGAAAAAGGGCUCAGGAGCGGCAGGUGAGGCUGCCCUGAGAAAUUUCAAGGGGCAAAGAAAGGAUGGAAGAGGCGGCCUUCCUGGUGGAGACUGACCCGGGAACCACUCCACAUCUGGAUGGCCCUGACUGACUCCCACCCCGGUUUGCCCAGUUGACUUCACCCUGUUUGUAAAUAAAACAAUAAAAUGGAA